CUUCCCUACCGAGAAACAUUCACAAAACUAAACAAAAUUUCAAACAAAAAUCUUUGCUUUCUAAGCGGUUUCUUUUGCUCGUAUCUGAAAAGUGAUGGAUUUGAGGGUGAUGGGUCUGGAAUCUCCUUUGUUCCACACGCUGCACCACAUCAUGGACAUGUCGGAGGACAGUGCAGGGGACAAGACACACAAUGCUCCGACACGGUCAUACGUGCGGGACGCGAAAGCCGUGGCUGCAACACCUGCAGAUGUGAAGGAAUAUCCGAAUUCCUAUGUGCUCCAGAUCGACAUGCCGGGUUUGAAAUGUGGGGACAUAAAGGUUCUGGUUGAAGAUGGUAACGUGCUUUUCAUCAGCGGUGAGAGAAAGAGGGAAGAAGAGAAAGAAGGGGCAAAGUAUCUCAGAAUGGAACGAAGGGUUGGGAAAUUCAUGCGCAAGUUUGUGUUACCUGAAAAUGCAAACACUGAUGAAAUCUCUGCAGUGUGUGAAGAUGGUGUGCUUAGUGUCACUGUGAAGAAAUUGCCUCCUCCUGAACCCAAGAAAUCAAGGACUAUUGAAGUUAAGGCUGCUUGAGUUUGCUAAACUUUUUAAGAACUGCAUAAAUAAAGAUAUAAACAGAAGAGACAACAGUGUUGUCUCUGUUUGAGUUCUUAUCUUCCUGUUAGAAGAGUUUUAUGGUUGACUGUGUUGUGUUUUUGCUAAAGUGAUUUGUGGCUUUUAAUGAUUUCGUGAAUAUAAGUAAAUUAUGUUACUUUAA